AUGCUGGCGUUUCGCGCGCGGAACUUGCGCCAGCUAUGCUGGCGUUUCGCGCGCGGAACUUGCGCCAGCUAUGCUGGCAUUCCGCACGCGCCAGCACAGCGCGCGUCAGGCCAUAAAUCAGCAGAGCAGCGCGCGCCAGCGAAAGGCGCGCAGCAAAGCGGCACGCGCCUUCUUAGCGACGCCGCCAGCACAUCGAGCGCCUGUGACGCUCGCGCGCCAGCAAGCAGCACGCGGUUCCAGACACCCGCGCGCGGUUCCAUGAGUUUCCCCCCUGUGCCCUCCCUUCCCCCAAUUCCCCCACUACUUCCCCUUGUUUUCCCCUUUUUCUUCCCCUCCUUUUCCCCCCUCCAUCCCCUCAUUUCCCCCCCGUGUUUCCCCUACAUUCCCCCUGGCCCCUCCUUUUCCCCCUUGCUUCCGCUCCUUUCUCCCCCUGCAUCCCCUCCUCCAUUCCCCCACUGCUUCCCCUCCAUUCCUCCCCUUGCAUUCCCUCCUUUCCCCCCAUGUUUCCCCUUCUUCCCGCCCCUGCAUCCCCUACUUUCUCUCCCUGCUUCCCCUCCUUUCCCCCCUUGCAUCCCUUCCUUUUCCCCUCUGCUUCCCUUCCUUUCCCCCCCUGGAUCCCCUACUUUUCCUCCCUGGUUCCCAUCCUUUUCCCCCUUGCCUCACCUCCUUUCCCCCCCGUGCUUCCCCUCCUUUUCCCCCCUGCAUCCCCUCCCUAUGCUCCCUUCCCUUGCUUACACUCCCUCCCCCUACCCACAGUUUCCACUUUCCACCUCCAGUACCGUACUACCAACGCGUUGCUCGCCCCAUCUCCACCUCAUCCCAUCUCCACCUCAUCCCAUCUCCACCUCAUCCCAUCUCCACCUCAUCCCAUCUCCACCUCAUCCCAUCUCCACCUCAUCCCAUCUCCACCUCAUCCCAUCUCCACCUCAUCCCAUCACCUCCUCAUCCCAUCUCCACCUCAUCCCAUCUCCACCUCAUCCCAUCUCCUCCUCGUCCCAUCUCCACCUCAUCCCAUCUCCACCUCAUCCCAUCUCCACCUCAUCCCAUCUCCACCUCAUCCCAUCUCCACCUCAUCCCAUCUCCACCUCAUCCCAUCUCCACCUCAUCCCAUCUCCACCUCAUCCCAUCUCCACCUCAUCCCAUCUCCACCUCAUCCCAUCUCCACCUCACCGCAUCUCUGCCUCAUCCCAUCUCUGCCUCAUCCCAUCUCCACCUCAUCCCAUCUCCACCUCAUCCCAUCUCCACCUCAUCCCAUCUCCACCUCAUCCCAUCUCCACCUCAUCCCAUCUCCACCUCAUCCCAUCUCCACCUCAUCCCAUCUCCACCUCAUCCCAUCUCCACCUCAUCCCAUCUCUGCCUCAUCCCAUCUCCACCUCAUCCCAUCUCCACCUCAUCCCAUCUCUGCCUCAUCCCAUCUCCACCUCAUCCCAUCUCCACCUCAUCCCAUCUCUGCCUCAUCCCAUCUCCACCUCAUCCCAUCUCCACCUCAUCCCAUCUCCACCUCAUCCCAUCUCCACCUCAUCCCAUCUCCACCUCAUCCCAUCUCCACCUCAUCCCAUCUCCACCUCACCGCAUCUCUGCCUCAUCCCAUCUCUGCCUCAUCCCAUCUCCACCUCAUCCCAUCUCCACCUCAUCCCAUCUCCACCUCAUCCCAUCUCCACCUCAUCCCAUCUCCACCUCAUCCCAUCUCCACCUCAUCCCAUCUCCACCUCAUCCCAUCUCCACCUCAUCCCAUCUCCACCUCAUCCCAUCUCCACCUCACCCCAUCUCUACCUCAUCCCAUCUCUGCCUCAUCCCAUCUCCACCUCAUCCCAUCUCCACCUCAUCCCAUCUCCACCUCAUCCCAUCUCCACCUCAUCCCAUCUCCACCUCAUCCCAUCUCCACCUCAUCCCAUCUCCACCUCAUCCCAUCUCCACCUCAUCCCAUCUCCACCUCACCGCAUCUCUGCCUCAUCCCAUCUCUGCCUCAUCCCAUCUCCACCUCAUCCCAUCUCCACCUCAUCCCAUCUCUAG